AUGGCUGACAAAUCGGCUUAUAUGUCUGCUGGAGGAUAUUCGUCUGGAUACAUGGGAAGCAAUGCCUCAUCCUCCGGAUAUGCUCGUGAAGAUUAUGCUCAAGGAGGAAGCAGCGGUGGACAAACAUCGGGAGGAAACACAAACCCAGGAGCCCAAGUCUUCAAGGCUCGCACCGAUCAAUCGUGCUACAUGGGACCACCAUAA